AUGUCUAUUCCCAAGCGGAUCAUCAUCUGUUGUGAUGGCUCGUGGCAGUCUGCCGUUUUGGGCGAGAAGCACACUGCUUCAAACGUGACCCGACUGGCCCGCAGCCUGAAGCGCACCGACGUCAGAAAUGGCAAGACGUGGCAGCAGGUUGUCUGGUACGACAGCGGUGUUGCCACGACAUCCAACUGGAUCGGGAAUAUGACGGAGGGUUUCAUCGGCGCAGGCAUGGAAGGAAACAUCAUCGAGGCCUACAACUUUGUUGUGCUCAACUGGUCUCCGGGCGACCAAAUCUACUGUUUCGGCUUCUCGCGAGGCGCUUACACGGCGCGGUCCAUUGCCGGGUUGAUCUCGGAUAUUGGCAUCUGCGAGCCCAGCAAACUGCACGAGUUCCAUGAGAUCUGGGAGCUCUACAAGAAGAACUACAAGGGCGAGAGGUUCCAUGGAAGCGACGCAUGGUUCGACUAUCUCGACGGUGUGCCGGAAGACGACCAGAACCAAACCGCCGCCUACGGGACAGAGGACUUUGGCUGGAAGAACCCCCCUCGUGGGGAAUGGGCCAGGACACCCGAGUCUAGAGAGAUUGAAGUCGUCGGCGUAUAUGAAACCGUCGGCGCCCUGGGCAUUCCUGAGAUGCGCGGGGUCAAGUUUGGAUGGGGCCCAGACAAGCAUGGAUUCCACAACGUGAAGCUAAACCCGAAUGUCAGGCAUGCGUUCCAAGCGCUGGCGAUGGAUGAGCACCGCGGACCAUUCACGCCGUCGCUGUGGCACUUGCCGGAGCUGAAGGAGAAGGAGACGACAGUCGAGGAUCUGGAGAUGCAGCAGAAGCGAGUUGAUGAAGCAGACCAGGCUUGGCGUUCCAAGGCUUAUGAUGUGACGAUUCCUCUCCAAGAGAGACAGAAUCUCAAGAAGGCCUACAAUAAGGCCCGCCGAGAGAUGUAUCAGCUGGAAGAGGAUCUCAAAAAACGAUCUGAGCUUCUUCAAGUCUGGUUCCCAGGCGUGCACAUCAACAUUGGUGGUGGCUCAACCAACACGCUGGAGAACAGGGGAGAUUUGGAAGAAACCUCCAACAUCACAUUCGCCUGGAUGCUCGACCAAAUCAGCCCCUACAUCGCCAUCGACGAGCAGACAAUCCGCAAGGAGUCAGAGGCUCGCCAGAAGCACAUUAAUGACCUCAACAAAGAGGAGAAGAAGUACAGAGAGAAACUCGCCAAGGAAGACGAAGAGGCUGCCAAGUUGAGCUGGGCUCAAUGGGCCGGUCGCGCACUCGUGCACACCGCGUCGGCUGCUGCAAACACCGCCAUGCAUCCCUUGACCAAGUCCAAGAAGCCCAACACGCUCCGCCGAGACUUUGGCUGGGGCACUGGCACCAUCAUCGACAGCUACGGCAUGCUGUCUGGGCUGAACGGCUCUAAGUUCCGUACUCCCGGAGGCUACACGACUGCCGCCGCGCCAGGAGAGACCAACGAGCAAGUCCAUCCUACAGUCGGAUACCGUCAUAGCAUGUUUGAAAAGCUGAAGCCGGAGUUGCAGUAUCACCCUGCUGGCUUGAAGGAUAGCGAAUUCAACAGGCAGAAGACUGAGGUGGGCUGGGAGUAUGUGCUUGGUAAGACUACGCUGCCAGAGUACAAGAUGAAGCCCAACGUCGAGGGUGCUCACCCGACCUUUGAGAGGUUUAAUCUUUCGCUGGCGUGGGAGAAGACGAAGACGUAUAUACAGACUCUUGAUAGCGAGAACGGGUAUCCUGUGGAGGACAUGUAG